CAAAACAAUACGCUUAGGGUGGUGGAGGCGUCUACAUAAAUCUCCAGUUCACUGGGGCAUUCUUUCGAGCAGAGAGAAGACCGGCGAAGAAGGGAGAGGAUGGGGAAAGGAACUGAUCUUUGGGAUGACUCCGCUCUCAUCGAUGCUUUUGAUCACGCCAUGGCCACCUACAAGGCAGUGCACAGGGAAAGCUAUCCAGCCAAUCCUCUGGGGGAAGAAAAACAUAUAGGUGAAAGUGCUCAAGAUGAGCCUGUUCAUUGUGAGAAUUUGAAAAGGCAAAUCGAGCAUGGCAUUGGUGAGAAUAAUGUUCUAAAAGAUGUAACAGAGACUAAUAUGCCUUACUACAAGUAUGUAUCAUCUACUGAAGGCCAUCAGUUAGAAGAAGACAGUCUAGGUGUGAAUAUACGUGCCACGGAAAUUAACUCAUCGGACUUCCCUGUAUCUACUACAGAAAUCGAUUACCAUAAUGAUGAGCAAAGUAUUGAGUACAAUCAUCUCCUUAAACAGUAUUAUGAACUCGAGGAGGAGAGGCAAAAGGUUCUUCAGCAACUCCAGCAAGCAAAUUAUUGGAAUUACCAAACCCCAGUUCAAUCCGGAGAAUAUCAGGCAGAGAAAUUUCCUGGAAAUAAUGCUUCUGAAAGUUGUUCACAACCUCCAUGUUCCUUGUGCUCAUGCCAUUCUUUAUCUGCUUCAUUGAUCCCAGCUUCUGCUUGUGCCAUUUGUGGUCCUUCAUUUAGAGGCUAUUAUUGUUGUCCACAAAGCUGCUCUACAUCUGUUCUGCAUCAUUUUUCAGGUUGUCAAGAUCAUGUUCAAAGUGGUAUUUGUUCUCUUGGAGGAUCACUCACAGUAGAUCCAUCAAAGCAGACUACAAAUACAGAUGAUCCAGCUGUCAGAAUAGGGAUGAUGGCUGCUGAAAAAGCAUUAAGUUCAUUGAAAAAAGAAAUAUCCGUGGAUUCUAAUAUCUGUCAAGAGAAGGAGAACAUGAAGGAUAAAGGAGAAAUUUCCGGUGAAGAUGAAUUCAAGGUAUCAGGAGUCAUCAGCCAGGAGACUGAUCUUGCUGUUGUCCUAAGUGCAUGGUAUUCUGCAGGAUUCCAUUCUGGCAGGUACCUGCCGGAGCAAUCAAGGCGAAAAGCAUCACAAUAGAAUCUUAACUUUUAUGACGUCUUGGGUGGAAGAUAACAGUUCUAGUCGUAUGAUGUCAACACGGAGAGCUACUAAUACUAGUAGUAUUUAGCGUCUAGAGAUGUUCGUAAUGUCUUUGUCCCGGUUACUUGGACUUUCUAUCUUUUGAAUGUACGACAGAGAGAGUCAUAUGUUGCUUGCUCUUAAUGAGUCAGGUUCGUUUUCGUCAUCAUGUGGAUUAUACAGAAUCCAUUCUUAUGGGAUCUUUGUUGAAUUGAUCAUUAUGUAGAAUAUUAACAUACGAUAGUUUAUUUCUGGGA